AUGCCACCAGAACUCACUCCUGACUCCGACUAUUCCUCACUCAGAGAAUUGAUCAAAGGCAGUUCUUCAUCCUUUUCAUGUUCCGGGUCCAUUCCUAUCACUACCGAUACCUCCGUCAAAGAAUAUGGUCACGUCCCUACCAAGUCCCAGCCCGUCAGAAUCUUCUGGACCUCAAGGGACUCGGUGCCGCAGAUGCUGGUUCUUCCUAUCUGCGAAAAUGAUGACGUAGACGCUUCUGGUGCAGGAGCUUUGCAGCAGCUUGUCACUGACUGUGCCCCUGCUGCCUUUUCCAGACGUGGGAACCCCAACGGCUUCAUCCAGAAGCACAUCAAUAUCCCCUACAGUGAGAAUCAAUUUGGCGUGCUCGUAGUGCGCCUGCCUUCCCGAUUCACCGGGGGGAACCUAUAUGUGCGACACAAUGAGCAGGUUCGCGAUUUGGACUGGAGCCCGGCCGGUUCCUCGACUAUCCAGUGGGCUGCAUUCUAUAGUGACUGCAAGCUUGAGACUCUGCCUGUUACCGGGGGUGAAUGCAUCACUCUAAUCUAUGGACUCUAUGCUGUAGGUGCUGGCGUGGGAUAUGUCCAUCCUAAACUAUCCCUCACGCCAUGCAUGCAGCCACUUAAGGCGACGGUGAUGAACAUUCUGGGGAACCCUGACUUGAUGAGACAAGGUGGCAUCCUCGGGGCCUUCUGCUCCUACGCCUAUCCCGCCUCAGAGAGCAUUGCACAUGUGCUAAAGGACGGCGAUUAUCUUCUCUACUUAGCCUUCAAGUCCUGUGGCCUAGACACCUGCGCGCUGGCUAUUUCUAGCACUGGGGACUGGUAUGCUACUAUUUUCGAGCGGGCACAAUCCAAAAACAUCCCCAUCCAACAUAAUGAGAAGAACAAGGCUGCCAAAGUGGUGGCAAGUGAGGCUUGGCCAUGCAUUACUUUGCCAGGGGUGACGUGGGUAAAUGAGCAGAACGAGGAUAGUGUUGUGCUGAGACAUAGCCCUGAUGACACCGGAGCUGCUUCUUCUUCUGGCUACGGGAAAGGCACUCAUAGGCCAACAAAACGGAGAAAAAUUGAGAAGUCGAAGACACCAGUGUACGUGGAUGGCGCUAUCUUCGCUGUGAUUCCGCCGUGGAGGGUACGAUUGUAG